UGCCUGAGUGUGGUCCGAGUGCUGUGGAGAGGGAGAGUUGAUGCCCCUUUUUUGAUGCCCUUUUUUUCCUGCCCUUUGGCUGAGAGGGCACCCGACCCCUGUGACCCGAGGGAAAGGGCUUCGUCUCAGAAAAUAACAACAACAGAUGUUUCAAGGAUAACGAAAGUUGUUUGCAGUAAUGGCAGUCUCUGGUAAUUACUACUUUGCCAUUGUAGGGCAUCAUGAUAACCCAAUGUUUGAGAUGGAGUUUGCCCCAGCCAACAAGGAACCAAAGAAGGAAGACCACAGGCAUCUGAAUCAGUUCAUUGCUCAUGCAGCACUUGAUCUGGUUGAUGAAAGUAUGUGGACUACUAGUAAUAUGUACCUGAAACUAGUGGACAAGUUCAAUGAAUGGUAUGUGUCAGCUUUUGUCACUGCAGGAAGAAUAAGACUGAUCUGCCUACAUGAUGUGAAGAAUGAUGAUGGCAUCAAGAAUUUCUUCAUGGAGAUGUAUGAAACAUAUAUUAAGCACUCCAUGAAUCCCUUCUACCAACCCAACAGUCCCAUCAAGUCAGCAGCUUUUGAGAAGAAAGCACACUUUUAUGGCAGGAAAUAUUUAACUGGCUGAGAAGAUCAUCAACUAAGGGAAUUGUAUUGAUCACUCUGCCUGCUGCAUUGACAGAAAUUGAGGAAGAUUUUUGGCUGUCCUUUUCAACCCUGGUAAUUUUCCUUAGGGCUGUUAGGAUACGAUGUGAAAAGGAGUGCGUUUCAGUGAUAUCUUGUGUUAAUGUUUCUGAUAUUCUUUGGAUAUGCUCUUUGAUUUACUUACAUAUGUGAAGAUUUAUGGAUGCCUUGUUUCAGGUGAAAGUUGAUUAUAUAAAAGUAAUCAUGCAGACAGUCCUUUAGAGAUGAUUACAAAGCUUUAGAAUCUUCUAAUCACUGAUCACAGAGUAUAACUUUAUUUAUUCUUAUAGACUUCAUAGUAUUACUGUUAAAUGUAUAAUUAGCAUUUUGUUAAUUUUUUGACAAGCAAAUACAUAUAUUGGUAAAUAAAGAAUGUAACAUUCUCUGUUUUCUUUUUAGAAAUGUGUCAGAUUUGUGAAAAAUACAAUAAGUUUUCAGCAAGGUUGAUAUAUAUAUAUAUAUAUUAUUAUAUAU